UUCCGCUCUCUUUCCUGUUUAUACAGCCAACACUCUCAUACACAGCAUGUCUCACACCAGCAACAAUACUCUCAAUUAAACGCCCAUGUUUUGCAAGAAAACAGUGCAACAGAUGAAUCUAUUACCCCAGCUUCAAAUGGAUUUUCUGAUGGAUCUGCUGUAGUUCAUGGCAGGUGUCCUGUCGCUGUUAUUUUACAUUGACAUCAAAGUGUUAUCCAUUUGCUUCAGAAUCUUCUUCAGUGCUGUUCCCAGUGACCAAUCAGACGCAUGUCACGGAUCAGGACCACACUAGACAGUGUCACCAAGGCAGUAGGCAGCACAGACCUCAUCUCCAAGUUCUCCCGCCUCAAGACCAGUUCUAGCACCAAGGGAGAAAACCUUCUGGUCAAAGCUGACACUAUAACAUCUGGCAACACCGCUCCUGACGUGCCACCUGAAAGUACAAUGAGGAAAGAUGAAGAAGAAGGAGGCGAUAAGGCCACAGGAGAGGAAGAGUCUGACAAACCACUGCAGCCAGUUUCAGAAAAACCCUUCAUUGUCUCAAAGAGGUUUACGUCUGGUGCGUCUGAGCCCUGCACGUCCUCCGCCGUGGCUAAACCAACCAAGCAGCUGUUUCACCCAACGGCUCUAUUGACCAACAUGGAUGAGACCUACAAAACUCUGGCUCUGCACAUCAAUAGUUACUUUGGCACCAAUGCACAAGGAGAAGAAAGCGGUAGAAGGCCACAGCAACAGCACAGAGGAAAUGAUGAGCCCGUUUCUACACCUGACCACAUUCCUGUUUUGUCUCCAGUGGCACAAGCUAAGAGUGCUGACCCCGCUGCCUCGCCCGUGCCCCUCAGGCCUCCAGCAGAAGCAUCCUCUUCCAGUGCUCCUGCAUCAGCCGGAGCGGCCCAGUCUGUCCCUAAACUCACAGCCUCCCCAAAAAAAGGCUUCACCCGCUACCUGUCCUACCCCCGACCCAGCGUUCAGGCAUUUGUCGGAAGCUACAUUGCGCCACUCGUCCCUAAGUUCCGCGCCGAUUCAAAAAGCAUUGCAGACGAUAGAGGCAAAUCAUCGGUUCCCGCUGAAGAGCGCGCCGUGGACGCUGCAGAGACGCAAGACAGCGAAGAGCAGGAAGCAGAAAAAGCGAAGCAACAGCUGCGGAUUCAAAGAGAGAAAAUAAUAGCCAGGGUGAGCGUAGACAACAGGACCAGAGGACUAGUGAAAGGCCUGCAGAGGGUCACUGACGGGAAACUCCUCACCGCCCGGGUGGAGGAGCUCAGCUGCCAUCUCCUGGAGUUCCCCGAGACGCGAGGCGUAGCCGUAAAGGAGAGCGUGCUGCCCUGUCUGCUGCGUUUGCGCCAGGCCACAGACCCUCCCCUUCAGGCUGCUGUGAGAGAAGCCCUGGCUCUGCUGGGCUACACUGAACCAGUCAAAGGCAGAGGGAUUCGGGUCCUGACCAUAGAUGGAGGUGGAACAAGGGGACUGCUGGCCCUGCAAACCCUUAAUAAACUGCAGACCCUGACUGGCAAGCGAAUCCAUCAGCUGUUCGACUACAUCUGUGGAGUCAGCACAGGGGCCAUUCUGGCCUUCAUGCUUGGGAUUUUUCAGAUCCCCUUAGAGGAGUGUGAGGAGAUGUACCGGAAGCUGGGCUCCGACGUGUUCAAGCAGAACGUCAUCGUAGGAACGGUGAAGAUGGGCUGGAGCCACGCUUUCUAUGACAGUGAGAUCUGGGAGACCAUCCUCAAGGAACGGAUGGGUGAUGGGAGUAUGAUUGAGAGUGCCAGGGACCCAAAUUGUCCUAAAGUGUCAGCAGUGAGCACAAUCGUGAACAGGGGUUUACCUCUGAAGGCCUAUGUGUUCAGGAACUACACGCUCAUGCCAGGAGUGCGAUCCCACUACCUUGGAGACUGCAAACACAAAAUGUGGCAGGCCAUCAGGGCCUCGUCUGCCGCCCCAGGCUACUUCCAGGAAUUUGUCCUGGGAAAAGACCUCCACCAGGACGGAGGGCUCCUUAUAAACAACCCCACCGCGUUGGCAAUCCAUGAGUGCAAGUGUUUGUGGCCCAACACACCGCUGCAGUGCGUGCUGUCUCUGGGCACCGGACGGUAUGAGACUGUUGGCAAGAACAGCCCAACGUACACGAGUCUGAAGGCCAAGAUCACCAACGUCAUCAGCAGCGCCACGGACACCGAGGAGGUGCACACCAUGCUGGACGCCCUCCUGCCCCCCGACACCUACUUCCGCUUUAACCCCUUAAUGAGCGAGGACAUCCCGCUGAACGAGAACCGCGCGGAGAAGCUCAACUUCCUGCAGAGCGAGGGGGAGCGCUACUUGGCGCGCAACGAGGCCAAGCUGAAGCAGGCGGCCAGGGUGCUGUGCCAGGAGAAGAGCAGCAUUCAGAGGCUGGCCGAGUGGAUCAAGCUCAAGGCUGACAUGUACCACGGCGUCCCAUUUGUCUCCAAACUUUAAGGAGAGUAAAUGUUGGACUUUCAGGGAGGUGGGUUGAAACCCAAAACCAAAUGUUUACAUGAUUAUCAAUACUAAAAAAAAUACAUUAUUCCUACAGAUGCCAUGAUCAGAAUUCAAAUUUGGCAACAUAACAGAUUCACUAGAUUCACUAAAUGUAUAAAUUUAGGUUGGCACUGACACACACUGUAACACAAGGCUGGACUACUGAUGCCAAUCUGACACUGAGUUAUAUUUGUUUGCGUAGUACCUCAAACACACAUUUAAUUAACGAAUCAUGAAUGAGAACUAUUUCUUACACUGUACAGAAGAAAGACCUCGUGCACUUGUCAAGUUGUGUUAGUAAAAAAUGCUAAUGUUAUAUUUAAAGUAAUUAUUAUGAAUUCUCAUGAGUGACUGCUAGAGCUUAAGGAAUCAUGUUGACGUUGAAUGUCACAUGUUCUGAUACUUGUAAGAAAGUAUUGGUACAGUGCAUGGUCUCUCUGUUCUUCUAAAAGCUACUAAGAACUGUGGCCCAUCAUCAAGUGUGAAGCAUCUGCCUCCAUCCUGAAUUCCUCCUGUUUUUACACAUUUGCCUUAAUUAUUCCCGUGUUCAUUUCUCUGUGAAGUGAGAAAAUGCAUAGAAAUAAUAAACACAAACGUGUUUAAUCGCU